AUGGAUUUUAUCAAGUCUCAAUUCGAAGCUGCUCUAGCUUCUAAACGUCCAUUAACAAAACAAGGCUUAACAUCAUUAAUUGAUUCUAUUGAACAAACACAAUUAUCAACAUUAUAUCGUUGGUUAUUUCAUCGUUUAAAUGAUCAUUUACUUUAUGUAGCACGUCAUAAUCAACCAGUAGAUUUUUUUCUUUCGGCACGUCAAUUAUCAUUUUAUUUACACGAACAUUUUAUAAAUACUUAUACUUCGUUACAAUCUGCAGGAAUAAAACAAUUAAAUCAAAUAUUAAGAAGUCUUCAACAGCAACAACCAUUAACACAAAAUGAAUUAAAUCAAUGGAAACGUUCACAGCCAGGUUUAAAACGCGAUGAUUUAAUUCUUCAUUGUUUAUUUUAUAAUUCACCACAAUUAGUAUUAUCGAAUGAGACUAGUAUAUUACUUGGUGAUUUAUUUCGUGUUGGUUUACAUACAUGUGUGCAGAAUUUAGCUGAUCGAGAUAAUAAAACAUCUAUAAAAAUUUUAUUUAGUCUUGGUUUAGCACCAUUAGAUAUUAUACAUCGAAUUAUGUCUACAACUGUCUAUCAUCAUUUAAGAAUCUAUUGUGCACAAUAUUUAAAUGAGUUUGGUAUAGAAUUUUAUUUAACUAGUCAAGAAAUAAAUAUAUUAAAUUUAUUAAAUCAUUUAAAACAAUUUUAUACGAGUGAAAGUAUCUUAGAUUUACUUGAUAGUAGAAAACAAUCAAUUGAAUAUUGGAAUAAAAUACUUACAGCAGUUCCAUUAGUUACAACAUUUAAUUGUCGAGAUAUUCAACCAAGUAUAAAGCAACCAUCUCCAGCAAUAGCAUCGUCAAAACGAAUUGCUUAUAAACAAGUGGCUUUUGAAUGGAUGCAUACAAUUAUGGAUAAUGAUAAUCAAGAAGCAAAAAGAUGGUUAUUAACUACUGAAGGUCGACAUUUAACGGGUGAAGAUCCAUUAUUUCUAUCGAAAGAUGAUGAACUACAAAAACAAAUUCAAUUAGCUUACGUAUAUGCAUCUUCGCGUCAAUCGUUAAGUUUACUAAAACAAUUAAGUUCAAUUGAAAAAAUGAAUAAUUUUGAGAUAAUAUGGCCACAUUUAAAUCCAUCUCUUCAAUGGUCCUUUGUACGGUUAGCUCAAUGGAUCCCUCCGAAUUCAUCUGACACAAUUUUUUGGGAAAAUAUCAUUCAAGAUGAAACAAAUGAUUCAUUAAUAUUAAAGCAAAGUAAACUCUAUCGGAUUUAUCCGGCUUAUAUUUAUUUUUCACUCAAUGAUGAAAAUGAAAACGUUGAUAAUGACGAAAAGUGGUGUCAAUGGUUACGUUCAAAACCAUGUGAUUAUGCAUUACAAAAUUCUUUUGAUAAUACACUUCCAAUUGAUCCAUUGGUUAAUAUUGUUCGUCAGGGUAUCGAAAAUCGUCAAGACGAUUUGGAUAGUAAUCUAAUUAGGCAGUAUCCUGCAUUACGUUUAUUAUCAAAAUGUUCAAAAAUAAAUUCAUUUGACAUAAGUAUUUAUCAUUUACUUGAUCGUUUUAGUCAACUCGAUGUAUCUCGAUGUUUUACAUCGCAAGAAACAAAUAAAUUUCGUUCAAAUGAAGAUAUAACUAUAUUACACGAUUGUUUUUCAUCAUUAAGCGAUACCAAUACAAAUGAUCAACAACAACAUUCAAUUGAUUAUCGUUAUCUAUUCGGACAAAAUCGUCCGUUGACAUCGUUUGCACAUUUUCUGGCAUCAUCUAUUGACGAUCAAGAACAAAACCAACAAAAUUCCUCAACCUCAAUUGAUCGACGUUUUACUCGUUUGAAAGACUUCUUGAUAACAUCAUGUAAAACAAAAUUAAAAAAUUAUUUAUCCUCAAUUAUCUUAUUUGAUAUAUGUAAUGAAGAUACAUUUUUCAUACGUUUGUAUGUAUCAUUAAUGAGAAUAUUAAAAACAAUAGUCUCAGAAGAUCAUACAUCAAUAUCAUUAAAAUUAUUAUCAUCAAGUACAAAUCUUAAUUCAUUAAAUUCAAUAAAACAAUUAAUUUUAUUUAAACUUUUUUCACAAACAUAUUCAUUACAACAUAUACCAACAUUAUUAACAUAUUAUAUAAAUCGUUCGUGUUGGUUUGAAAUGUUAUUUAUUUCACAAUUGUUUCAUUAUAGCGUUGAUGAUAUUAUAUCAUGUUUAUCACAAACACAACAGAAUACACAACAAUGUAUGUUAUUUGAACAUUUAAAGUGUUGUUUUAAACGAUUGGUUAAACAUGAUCCUACACCAUUGUUGAAACAGGAUCUUUUUGCUUUAUUAACUGAUCAAUCAUUAACAUCAGAACAAUUGAAAUUAAGAUUUCAACAAGGUGCUCAACAAUGCUCUCGUCCAUUACUAGCUGUUCUUUACAGUACACUACCGCAAGUAUCAUCAAUCGAUGCCUUUGUUCUAUUUCUUCAAUCAUUAAAUCCAAAGUAUCCUCAUCUAUUUCCGACAACAACAAAUUCAGCUAAUCGUCUAUUGUGUCACAUAGCUGGACUAGGUCAUUGGACUGUACUUGUUCUUGCUACGCAUAUAUUUGCACCUGAUAGUCUAUUGGAAUCAUUAGUUCGUUUUGGUCAUGCAUGUGUCGAAUUGAAUGAACCAACUAAACCGAAAUUUUUAUCUUCAACACAAGCAAAUAUUGGUCUUGGUCAAUCAUCCGCAUGGUUUACACAAUUAACAACACAAUUAUUAUUGUGUGUAUUUCGACAAGUAUCAUCACAUACAGAUAUACGUGCAAUAUUUCAUUUGCUGGGUGAACAAAAUGAAUUUUAUCAUCGUUUUGAACCACUAUUUUCUCUACUCGAAGAACAACCAUCGCCUAUUCCAUUUGAUUGGUCACUUCUUAUGUAUACAGAUCGCUGUUAUCUUUCUGUAAUGACAUUAAUUGAACAAUUAAUAAAACAUGAUCGUUUCGAUUUAGUUGAUGAAAUAAUUAUUUGUGUUGAUAUUGAAAUUGACAUACCAUUAUUUGAACGUUUUAAGUGUUCAUUCGAUGAAUAUCAACAUAAUCCUGAUACAGACGAUAAAGAAUUGCAUGAAGCAUUUGAAACUAUAUGUCAAGGACAUCAAGAUGUGUUGAAACGUUUGAAAAAACCAUUGCUUUAUGGAGAUUUUCUUUCAUCAAUACGUUCAACAUCGUCACAAUUAGUUCGCGUAUUACUAUUUAUCUUUGCUAAUCAAGCACAACAUCUACCUGAACCAUACGAUUAUUCAUCAAUAAAUCUUCCACAAAAACAACCUAUUAUUGAUAGAUUAUGGACAGCAUUAAUUAGUUUUAUACAUGAAUAUCAAAAUAAACCCAUUGUUAAUACAAUACUUGAUUAUAUGGUUAGUUUAUUUUCAAAUUCUUUAUUAGAUCAAAUAGCCACAGAAAAGUUAAUACCAAAUGAUUUCGAUGAUUAUUUACGUGUGUUUGAAGAGAUUGAAGUCGAAGAAGAAUUAAUUGAAGAAGAGAAACCACGAGAGAUUGUUGCUGAAAAUGAAUUUGAAGCAGCUAUGUUAAAAAAUGUUUUUGCAACAACUAAAGUUACAUCAACAACAGAGACUGUUGUAUCCACAGAAAAAAAUUCAAAUACACAAUCAACACGUCGUCCAUCAAGUCGUGCAUCUUCAUCGUCACAUUUACCAUCGUUGGGUCCAACAGUAAGUCGUCGAUCAUCAGGAUCUGUAACAAGUUCUGGUGGAACAAAUUUACAUCAUUUAUCUGAUAAAGAUAUUCGGCUAUGUGUAUCCAUAACUGAAAAUGCAUUUCUACAACGUUCAUCACCUGAACUUGCAUUACAGCUAGCAAGCAAAUUUCGUAUGACAACAUAUAAUUUAACUAUUUUUUCUUAUGCACAUCGACUUUAUUUUAACAUCAUGUCACCAUCGGAUAUUCGUACGCGCAUUGAUCAACUUCCCGAUGUUCGUGAUCAAGAUCAAUUAAAUAGAAGACGAUUAACAAAUGUUUUUCGAACAAUGACAAUAAUAUCACCCAAUGAUGAAAAAUCAAAUACAGUUGAUGAUCAAAAACCAAAACUAAUCGAUCGUCUUCUAUCACGAACAUCGAAUGAUGAUCGUUUAAUAUCAAUAAUCAGUACAUUACUAAAAAUAGGUCGUCUUUUUCGUAUUGAUUCAUGUCAUGUGCUAAAAUCAAAUGCACAUAAUGAUGAAUGGAAUCUUUUAAUGCGUAUUAUUUCUUAUGCAUCGUCGUCAUUUCCAACGAAAAUAAAGUUAGCAGAAAAUUUUUCUAAACAAUUACGAAUGUCCAAUCAACAACUUGUUGAUUUAAUUGCUGAUGAAACAGAUAAAACAUUGAAACGUUAUGAAAGAAAUGAGUCAAGUGAUGACUAUCAUUGUUGGCCGUUUGAUCCAAAUAAUAUUGAAUCCUAUAAACAAUUUAUUUCAAUUUUAUAUGAAAAAAAUUAUGAUGCUAUUGGCAGACAACUUGUGGAACGGUCAAAAAUAUAUGAAGAUCAAGUGCUAGAUUUAGAUUUUCAAGAUGCUUCAUCACCACAGCUUCGUCUUUGCAUUGACUUAUUAAUCUAUGCUCAUACAUGUUUUAUUAAUUCAUGUCAUAUGGAAGGAAUAUGUUUAGUACUGGAUCAUGUCCGUCAUUUGGCAUUUUAUCUGAAUGAAUUAAAUGGGUAUCCAUUACUGAUUCGUUUAUUAUUAGGUUUACAACAAUAUUCUGAAAUGAUAUAUAUAUUUGAUAUGUUAUUUCAAGUAGAUCAAUUUGAUUUAUUACUAUCAACAAUAAGUAAUAUGAAUGAUGAACGUUUAAAUACAGCAUUAUUUGAUUAUAUAAAACGGCAUCAUCCGAAUGAUGAGCAUACGUUUACAUCGAUAUCAAUGAAUUUACAUAUGCAUCAUGAAUUAGCGAUGAUGUAUCGUGAUGCUGGCGAAAAACUAUUAAAGACACUUCCAUCUAAUCAGCCGUAUUCAUCGGCUGAAAUGUCUAUAACAUUGCAAAGCCUAUUACAAUAUUAUUCAGAUGCAGCUGAUACAUUUUAUUUAGCUGAUUGUUGUCGUCAAAGCGAACAAUGUUUAAAACAAGCACGUCUUAUAUCAUUACAACUUGAAUUUUUACAAAAGCAACAAGGAAUAACUUUAUUGAAUUUGAAUCCUAAACAAAUACGUGAUAUAUUACCUACUAUUGAACGUUGUUGGCAUGCAUUUAUAGUAGCUGAUGCAUAUAAUGAACAUUCAUUAUGGCCAAAUUGUUUAGUAGAACAGUUUAUAUGUAAUAAAAGUUCUACUGCUGUUAUGUAUUGGGAUGAAUUUAAACAGCUAAUAUCAGUGGAUGAUCAAAGUAUAUUAAAUAUAGGAAAAACACUAUUAAAAAAAAGUUCAAAUUCAAUAUCGACUAAAAAUUUGCAAGAAAUACUUUCACAUGUAACAGAUUCAACGAUUCUUCAUCAUGUACAACAAUCAUUGAUCAACAAUGAUAGUAGUUAUACGAAUUUAUUUACAUCUAUCGACUCACCAUAUGUUCUUGAUACUAUUCGAGUUUCAUGA